GUGGGAACUCAAACGUGACAUUUGUCGUUGUUUGUUUGAAGUUGUGGCGGUCGUGUCUCAUCUCACGUCACGUCACGAGAUGUGGACGCCGUGGCCGUGUGUGUUCGUGCUCGUGCUGCUGCUGUUUGGCUACUGGCCGUCUGUGACCCCGGUGGGGCCACAGGAGGGCUGGCAAGUGUUCGGCUCCGCCCACGAUGCCAACGGCCGCUGCGUGUGCACGGUGGUGGCACCCGGGCAGAGUCUGUGCUCCCGGGACGCCAAAGGACGCCAGCUGCGACAACUCCUGGAGAAGGUCCAGAACAUGUCUCGGUCCGUGGAGGUUUUGAACCUGCGCACCCAGAGGGACUUCCAGUACAUCGUGAGGAUGGAGAGCCUCAUCAAAGGUCUGCGCUCCAAGUUCAGACAGAUGGAUUCGGACAGGAGGACGCUGGCCACCAAAAACUUCCAGGAGCUGAAGGAGAAGAUGGACUCGUUGCAGCCGCUCAUCCCCGUGCUGGAGCAGUACAAGACGGACGCCAAGAUCAUCUCCCGGUUCAAAGUGGAGAUCAAGAACCUGUCCGAGGUGUUGCUGGCCGUCCAGGAACAGAUGGGAACGUUCGACUAUGACGAGCUCAACCAGAAAGUUCUCAGCUUGGAAAAGCGCCUGAGAAGCUGCAUGAGCAAACUCACAUGCGGCAAGCUAAUGAAGAUCAGCGGCCCACUCACAGUGAAGACCUCCGGGACCAGAUUCGGCGCAUGGAUGACAGACCCGCAAGCGUCUCCAAAAAACAACAAAGUUUGGUACAUGGACGGUUACACCAACAACAAAAUCGUCAAGGAGUACAAAUCCAUGGCGGACUUCGUGUCGGGCGCGGAGUCUCGGACGUACACGUUGCCAUUCAAGUGGGCGGGCACCAACCACGUGGUGUACAACGGCUCGCUUUACUACAACAAGAUGCAGAGCAACAUCAUCGUGCGCUACAGCCUGGAGACGCGUCGCGUGCUCACGCAGCGCGCGCUGGAGUGGGCCGGCUACCACAACGUGUACCCGUACACGUGGGGCGGCUUCUCCGACAUCGACCUGAUGGCGGACGAGCUGGGCCUGUGGGCCGUCUACGCCACCGACCGGAACGCCGGUAACGUGGUCCUGAGUCGCCUGGAACCCGACACGUUGCGAGCGGUCGCCACGUGGAACACCGAGUACUCGAAGCGCAACGCCGGCGAGGCCUUCAUGAUCUGCGGGACGCUUUACGUCACCAACUCGCACCUGACCGGCGCCAAGGUCUACUACGCGUACGCCACGCAGACGUCCGCCUACGAGUACACCGACAUCCCCUUCCACAACCAGUACUUCCACAUGUCCAUGCUGGACUACAACGCCCGGGAGCGAGCGCUCUACGGAUGGAACAAUGGACACCAGGUGCUCUUCAACGUCACGCUCUUCCAUGUCAUCAAAACGGAGGACGACGCUUAAUCGGGACUCGGCUGUGCUGGAUUCAUUCAUUAGCUACUGUGGAUAGAAAAAGUCUCCACACCCCUGUUCAAAUGCCAGCCUCUUGCGGUAUAGAAAAUGAUACCAAGAUACUGUAAAUAACUUCAAAACUGUUUCCACUAUUCGUGUGACCUAUAAGCUCCACAACAAAUAUUUAAAUAUUAUAGAGAGGGGAUGUAAACAACUGAGAUGAUGUGGUUGCACUAGUGUGCACACCCUCUUAUAACUGGGACUGUGUUCGGAAUUAAAUAUUCACAUCCAAAAAAGAAAAAGUCAAGAAAAGCCUACUAGAACAUGUGAACUUUAUUUGGGGUAAAUCAAGAGUCACCUUAAAUAGCGGCAUGUGCGUGCUGACUCUCAUUGAACAUGAGUUGGAUUAGUUCAUUCCGAACACAGCCACAUUCCCAGUUAUAGAAGGGCGUGCACACUUUUGCAAGCAUAUUAUCUCCGCUGGUUAUUUUUACUUCCCCCCUCGAAAAUAUUUCUCUUUUUUUUUUUUUUCAACUGAGUUGUACAGGUCAGAUUAAUGGUACUAAAAGUUUAGAAAUGUCUCCUUUUUUAUACAUCGCAAAAACCUAGCAUUUCAACAGGGGUGUGUAAACUUUUUAUACCCACUGUAUUUUGUGACAUUCAGCUCGCAAUUUGCUUUGUUGUAUCCGUCAUUUAGCUCAUCCACGGUUUUUAGCUUUCUUUCCUGUCAUCGGUUUUGGAUUGUGCUCACCGCAUUUUCACGACCAUAAGGCGCACCGUAUUAAAAGGCGCAGUCUCAGUUACGGGGGCCACUUCUGUAUUUAACACAUACAUAAGGCGCACCGUAUUAUUGGGCGCAGGCAUACGGUAGCAUGCAUGUAUGCUAAAACAAUGUUUUUAAAAAAGCAGCGGGAGCAAAACUGAGUUCGGUUGUACUUUAUUGAAGUAUUUAACGAUGUACUCACGUUAUUUUUGGAUCAAUCCUCAUCCACAAAUCCGUCAAAGUCCUCAUCUUCUGUAUCCGAAAUGAAAAAAAAAAUGUCAAGUGGAGCACUCAUCACACAACAACAUUUAUAGAUGUUGGAACUCGGUGCACACAUAAGGCGCGCCACAUUAUAAGCCGCCCCGUCCAUUUUGGAGAAAAUGUAAGACUUUUAAGUGUGACUUAUGGUCAUGAAAAUACGGUAUUUGCCGGCCUUCCUGUGCAGCUCGGUUGAUGCAAGGGGGAAAAAAGUAGCAUCCAGUGGUGUAAGUAAUUGUAAUAAUAAACAUGUUGUCCAUUACAACUUGCUGCUGGUGUGUUUCCCCUUGCAAAAACAAAAAAAACAAAAAAAACAAUGCAAAUGCAGAUUAAAGUCUUUUUUCUUCGACUGUCUUUUAUUUUUGGUGUGGGGAUCCAAUCUCGCUGGGCAUACAACAAAUAGACUCAAAACUAUAUUUGGUUUUUAAACGUAAUUUUUAAAUUUCUCUAAAUAAAUCAUAUGCUGAAAAAAUAAAAACACUUUUUUCUUUCUCUCAAAAACAAAUUUUUGUCUCCAUACAAUUCACUUUAUUGGAAGGAUAUAUUUUUCUCAACAAUUCUUUUUUUUCUUGAAAGUGUUGUCUCCUCAAAGUCUCAAAAAUACUUUAUCAAAUAACUUUUUUGUCAAACAAUUUUUUUGCUC